AUGAAAUUGUUUCAAGGUUAUAUUGUACGCGUUUUUUGUUGUUCAAAAUGCCGCGAAGAUUAUCAACUUCAGGACUUGCGACGAAUACUGGAAGAAAGUGACUAUGAAUUGAGUAACGAUGACACGGAUUCGAACGGCGGUGGCGAUAGCGAUGUACAAGACAAGCCAGAUUCUGAUAUUUCGGAUCAAGAACCGAGUAUUUUUUUCAUUUUGCAGAUGACGAUAUCGAUGAUCAGGAUUUUGAACCAGAGGGAGGAUACUUUCCGUCAGUACAACCCAUCAAAAGCUCGCAAAUACGGCUUGAAAAUCUAUAAACUUUGCACAGAAGAUGGUUUUGUCUGGAACUAUGACAUUUACAUAGGUCGCGACCCCGAGAUCGCUGAUUUGGAUAAGCCCGGAAGUGUCAUAGUUCAGUUAUGUGAUGGUCUUCUAGAAGCUGGACGGAUAAUUGUGUGCGACAACUAUUACAAUACCGUUAGAUUAGCAAAAUAUUUACUGCAGCAUAAGACAGACUUAUGCGACACUUUGAGAGUAAAUAGAAAAGAACUUCCAUGGGCAAUAAGAUUGAAAAAAAUAAGACCUAAAAAAGGUGAAGUAGUUGCUCGACAGAAGGACAAUGUAACAGUGAUGAAAUGGAGAGACAAACGUUGCAAUGAUUUCUACAUACCAUGA